AUGGCAGCGGACAAUUUCGGAAGCACAGCAGCAAUGGGUAUUGCCGCUGCUGCAACACUUGGGGCUGCUGGCUAUUUCUGGAUGACCAGUGAUUCGGCUGUCAAGCUGAAUGCCUUCGUGGAUCUCAACAAGCAGACUCGCGUGCUACCAGAUGGAUCACGAGUAGCUGCAUGUCUGAAAGACGAUAAUUUAAUCCCAUAUGCUUUCGAUGAUGCAAAAACUGUUAGCGCUGCACUGCGUCGUGGUUUGCGUGAAUCGCGUGAUGGUCACAUGUUGGGCGUUCGAAAAAAGCAGCCAGAUGGAAGUGCACCUUAUACAUGGGUCACUUACAAGCAGGUUAUCGAAAGAUCCGAGAAUCUGGCACGCGGAUUUGAGCAAAUUGGUCUUGUUCGAGGCCAAGACACUUUUAUUGGUAUUUUUGCUCGAAAUCGUCCAGAGGUAUGUUUCUUACCGUCCUGGAUCAUCUGUGAGCAUGCCACUUACAAUAAUAGAAGCGUGCUCGUACCUAUCUACGAAACACUAGGACGCGAAGCAUGCACGUUCAUCGUCAAUCAGACACAGCUGCGAAUUAUCGUUGUGGACGACGAACACAAAGCAAAAAAGCCUCCAGCACUAUCAUCGCAGAUGAAAUGA